AUGAGCGACAGCGAGGAUUACGAGGUCGAAGGGCCAGAGCUAGCGGCUGAUGACCCGAUGCGAGCGUUCCUCCCCACUUCAUUUGGGAAGAAGUCCAAGGAUGCAGACAUAGCCGCGCAGAUAGACCGCAGCAGGAGGACCACGGAGAAGCCAAAAGACCAACCACAGGUGAACGAUGAAGGAUCCAAAGGACGCUCGAAAUCUGAUUCUGAUGGCGACAGCGACGACGAUGACUCGGAUAACUCGUCCAGCGACGAAGACGAAGAUGAAUUCCCCGUCUCCCACGAGCUCGUCCUCAAGACCCACGAACGGACCGUGACGAGCGUUUCCGUCGAUCCUUCGGGCUCGAGGUUAGCGACUGGCUCUCUGGACGGCACCGUCAAGCUCCACGACUUUGCCUCGAUGACGCCGACCACCCUGCGCGCUUUCCGAAGCAUUGACCCAUGGGAGACUAAGAGCUCUACCACGGCAGCGGAAUCAUACCCGCUGAACCUCGUCAAGUUCAACCCGCUCGCGGGAGGUGCAUUAUUGUGUAUCUCGGCGCAUCCACAGGCCAAGAUCUUGUCGAGGGACGGAGACAUCCUGACGGAAUUUGUGAAGGGGGACAUGUACCUGAGGGACAUGCACAAUACAAAAGGUCACGUCUCUGAGGUCACAACGGGCACAUGGCACCCGACCGACAAGAACCUGUGCGUCACAGCUGGCACGGACAGCACAUUGCGAAUAUGGGACAUCAACAACAAACGCAGCCAGAAGGAAGUUAUUGUCUUCAAAUCCAAAGCGGCCGGCUCUGCGGGGCGGACGAGGAUGACUGCAGUGGCAUGGGGUGCGUCCGCCCAGGGCGGCAGCAAUGUUCUGGUUGCAGCUGCACUGGAUGGGUCGCUGGUGAUGUACAGCGGCAACGGCCCAUUCACGAGACCGACCGCGGAGGUUCGAGACGCCCACAAGCCAGACACCUGGACCGGUGGCGUAGACAUCAGUUCAGAUGGGCGGAUGGUCGUGACAAGAGGCGGCGAUGGCCUGAUCAAGCUCUGGGAUACUCGCAAGUUCAAACAGCCCCUCGUCUCGGUCGAGCAUCCGUCUACGUCGGACAGGUUCACGAUGACCAAUAUCAAAUACUCGCCAAACUCGACGGCGAUCAUUACUGGAUCAGCAUCUGGCCAUCUUCACAUCCUCAAUCCUGGCAACCUCAAAGCAGAACAUGUCACACCAAUCACACCGGGCGUGCCGUUGAUCGUGACUGAAUGGCACCCGAAGCUCAACCAGAUCGUUACGGGCUCCGCAAACGCAGAAACGCAUGUCCUCUACAACCCGUCGAUGUCUCAGCGCGGCGCGGUAGAUGUAAUGAGCAAGGCGCCAAAGAAGCGGCACGUCGACGACAACCCGGCAUUCACAAUGGACCAGACGCUUGGCCUGUCUGGCGACAGCAUCAUCGCGCCGGGGGCCCUGUCAGCGCAGCAGCGCAAGGCUGGCGUCACGGGCACGGGCAAGUCUCUUGAUCCGCGCAGGCCGCAGGUGCAGCAGAUCACGCCGUUCAUGCGCAGCCAGCCGGACGAGAAGCACAUCGAGGAGAACAUCCCGCUCAGCAAGAUGCUGCACGAGGAUCCCAGGGAGGCGCUUCUCAAGUAUGCGGAUGUUGCCAAGAAAGACCCGUUGUUCACGAAUGCGUGGAAGGAAACACAGCCGGUUACGCAGUAUGCAGAUAUCAGUGACGAGGAGGAAGAGGGACCCGAUAAGAAGAAGGUCAAGCGAUAA